CCGCUUUCCGCAGCGGCAGGACUUCCGAAGUGUAGGAAAGGUAGUGACUCCUUCGGACGGAAUAAAAUGGAAGGCACAUUGAGCCGACUGGAAGUCCGCACUCCAGUUUUUGACAAGAAAACGGAAAAGUAUUCUGUGGAGAAGGAGAGACGUCGGAUGCGUGUCCAUGAGAACCUCAGAGACCCCGCCUUGCAGAGUGAACAUUCUCACAAAAGGAAGAGGAAGCACAAGAGAAAAGAUCGCCAGUUUCCCGCUUCUCCUCUAGAACAAUCCGAACCCGGUGAAGAGACCGAAAAGGCCUCUCCUGCAGCCAAAAAGAGGAAAAAGGGGAGGGCGUCGGGGGCGCAGGGCGACGCGGGCAUCGUGUACGUCAUGGUGGAUAAAGAAAACAUCGAAGACACCCCGAAGGAUGUUAGGAAGGACGUCGACAUCGUCUACAUUGACGUGAGCAAGGGGCGGGCAUCGGCCAAGGAGCCCGGAGCCCGGCAACGGCACGCAGUUGCCAAGCGACGUGAAAACGAGCCGGAGGAAGCACAUCACGAGGUCAGGAAGGAAAAGAAGCGCCAGAAGGAGGCUGCAUCCUGUGACGAUGAUGCUGGGCAAGGGGGCCGUGAUGCCAGCGCCGGCCUGCCCCAGCCGCAGCCACAGCCGCAGCCCCUGCCUCCGGUGCCCAGCGAAGGCCCGGGCGCGCCACCGCUGGGGGCCGCCCGCGAAAGGAAGUCCAAGAAAAGAAAGAGGGAGACUUCCCACAACCGGGAGUCCGAGCGUCCUGAGACCGGGAGCUCCGAGGGCCGGCAAGCGGCCCACGACGCAGGCGCUCCGGAAGGCAGGGAGGAACCCCGCAAGUUAAAGAAAAGGGCCAAGAAAAGGAGGCGAAGGUCUGCUGGCGACAGUGCCCUUGCGCCUGGCGGUGGUUCAGGCCACCCCGUGAGCUGUGAGCGCCCGGACGUGCCCCCCGAUUCACCGGAAGGUCGCGGCUCCGUGGCUGAGGACGGUGCAGCACCCCAGCAGCCGGAGGAGCAGACGCAGGCGUGCUCGGAAGAGGCGCAGAGGUCAGGGCCUGCCGAUAAAGACAGCGGCUUGGAAUCGGCGAAAGACUCCGAGACACCGUGUUUGUCUGAAGACUCGAGAGACUCGGACGAGGCCGACGUGGACCUGGACGCCGCCGUGCAGCAGCUCCGCGAGUUCAUCCCCCGCAUCGGGGACAGGGCCGCCACCACGAUCAAGCGCAUGUACCGCGACGACCUAGGGCGGUUUAAGGAGUUCAAGGCGCAGGGUGUCGCCAUUAGGUUCGGCAAGUUUUCUGUGAAGGAAAACAAGCAGUUGGAGAAAAACGUGCAAGAGUUCCUGGCCCUGUCGGGAAUCGAGAGCGCGGACAAGCUGCUGUACACGGACCGGUACCCGGAGGAGAAAGCCGUGAUCACCGACUUGAAGAGAAAACACGCCUUCCGCCUGCACAUCGGUAAGGGCAUCGCGCGGCCCUGGAAACUCGUGUACUACCGGGCGAAGAAGAUGUUCGACGUCAACAACUACAAGGGCAGGUACAGCAAAGAGGACACCAAGAAGCUGAAGAUAUACCACUCGCUGCACGGCAACGACUGGAAGAAGAUCGGGGACCUGGUGGCCCGAAGCAGCCUCUCUGUGGCCCUGAAGUACUCCCAGAUCAGCAGCGAAAGGAACCACGGCGCCUGGAGUAAGACGGAAACCCAGAAGCUAAUCAAGGCUGUGGAGGAGGUGAUUCUGAAGAAAAUGUCUCCCCAGGAUCUAAAAGAGGUAGAUUCUAAGCUGCAGGAAAACCCCGAAGGCUGCCUGUCCAUUGUCCGGGAGAAACUCUACAAGGGCAUAUCUUGGGUGGAAGUCGAGGCGAAAGUAGAGACCAGGAAUUGGAUGCAGUGUAAAAGUAAGUGGACGGAGAUCCUGACCAAGAGGAUGACCAACGGUCGGGACGUCUACCGGGGAGUCAACGCACUGCAGGCCAAGGUCAACCUGAUCGAGAGACUGUAUGAAAUAAACGUGGAAGACGCUAAUGAAAUAGACUGGGAAGAUCUUGCCAGCGCCAUCGGGGACGUUCCUCCGUCUUACGUGCAAAGUAAGUUUUACAAGCUGAAGGCCACCUGCGUCCCCUUCUGGCAGAAGAAGACCUUCCCAGAGAUCAUAGACUACCUGUACGAGACGAGCCUGCCUCUGCUCAAGGAGAAGCUGGAGAAGAAGAUGGAGGAGAGAGGCCGGGAGCUGCAGACCCCCGCGGCGCCGAAGCGGGUCUUCCUGUUCCAAGACAUCUUCCGCUGUGACGAGGACAGUGAGGGGGAGGACGGAGCUGGGGGGAGCUAAGGGGGUGCCGGCGCCUCUCGCCCUCUCUCUGCACUUGGUCGUGUUUGCAUACGUGUGCCAGCGAAGCCGUUCCCGGUGUGGACGGUUAGGAAAGACACGGGUGCAGACGUGACGGCGGGUGUUGUGGAGCUUUGGGAACUGACGUCACCAGGUUCAAGUCUGUCUGGGAAGGAAGAGGAGCACAGGCGUUGAUUUCACACUUCGGUCAUGUUGAAAACAACGGCAGCUGACGCUUCUUCUGGAACCACAGAACCCCAAGUCCCCAAGCAGCGGAGGGUGGCCGCGUCCUGUAAACACUUGGUUGCCAGGGGGCCGCUGUGCGCGCCCCAGCACGGUGAGAGCGCCCGCAGCUCCCGGAGCACGCCCGUUGUGCUUCCGGCCCCGCCCCGCUGCUGAGGCCGAGCUCUGGCUCUGGGCGACGGAGUGUAGGUGAGCGUCAGCGGGAAGUGGUGGGCGCGGCGUUUCCUCGGCUGCUUUCAGUUCCUGCCCGUGUGGCGCCGGUGCAGCUCGUCUGCCCGGGCGGCCUCCCGGUGGGUAAGUGGGUGAGCUUUUCUCACAUGACGCCCUCUCCAAGCCAGUCUAGGAACCCGCCUGGAAGCCACCCGCGGGGGAGAAACCCGCACCGUCUUCCAUUCUUCCAGAGAAACUGGCUCUUAGACGGGGAAGCUGCGGUGCGGGUCUCGUGCACCCUCGGGCCUCCAGGAGUCACAAGGGCUCCCAUCGGUCAGGAAAGCAACACACUGCAGGUGCUGCAGACCGGGAGGGACUCCUGUGGGGUCCAGGCGCCGGCAGGGCGGUCGGAUUAGCCAGCAGGGGGGACCUGUGGGGCGGCCACUGCAGCCCCUCUGCCUAGGUGCCCUGGUGCUCCCCCUCCAACUCUGGGCUGCCUGGAGCCCGUGCCGCUCUGUCCCUUCUCGGUCCCUUCUCGGUCCCUUCUCCGCCACGCCGCCUCAGCCAGAACAUGAGUCUCCCAUGGGCAGCCCCUGAGCAGGACCCAGCUGGGCAGGGAAGCUGAGUUCCGGGCUCCUCGCCGCAGCGGUACGAGGCAGCGAGUGCACGGGAGGGACAGUGGGGGUGAGCCGAGUCCCGUGCACAGUGACGCCCCCGUCUGCGCCAGGGUGCAGCCCCAGUGUCCCCCAAGUGUUCUCCCCAGCGUCACUUGAGUUACAUCACGCUGUGACGUUGGUUAACUCUCUACAAAGCUAGACAUUUUCCCAAACCGGCCGUGGCUGGGGAAGGGAGAACACAGACAAACCAGCGUCGGGGUCCCGGGUCCCCACACUCUCCCCAGAACCCCAAACAGCACUGUGCAAAUGCAGGCACUCGAUAAAUACUCAGUGAGCAAAAGAGUGUUUUCUUUUUAGAAAGCAUUUUGCCUUCCGUCACUCCUUGUCUCUCAAACACGUCAGCCUCCGUGCCGAUGGGGAUGUGAAUUGUGUGUUCCUUUGGCAGACAAUCUGGUGGGAUGCCGCGAACCCUUAAGAAUGUACGUAUUCUGUGAUCCAGGAGUUUCACCUCCAGAACCUAAUGAAGUACUAGAACCAGCAUAUGAGAAUGGCACCUUUACCAUGUGAAAAACAAAAAAAAAAAAGUCAAUGUUUCUUAAUAGGAAACUUGUUAAGUAACAGUAUAUUCCUAGAAUGGAAUUGUAUGCAAUAAUGUUAAAUGCUGACAGAUUUGGUUAACACAAAAAGAGGUGAACAGUAUUGUCAACUGAGAUAUUUCAGAAGAGUUUAUAUAUUUUCUCAAUUUUGUAAAAUAAGAAAAUAGAAUGUGUGUAUAUCGGUAUAUUAAAAUAUGUGGGAAGCAU